AUGCUCCCCAAGGAGUGCGCAGCAGGCUUUCCCGGCUACACUGGGACCAUCCCCAAGUCGGCAGCGACGGUGGCGAAGGUUUUGUCGGGCUACGGCUAUGACACAGCAGCCUUCGGAAAGUGGCACAACACCCCGGUCGACAACCUUUUCAAGACUGGGCCCUUCGACCAGUACCCUACCGGUCUGGGCUUUAGCUACUUUUACGGCUUCAUUGCCGGCGAGACGUCGCAGUAUGAGCCGCGUCUCUUUGAGAACACCAACCCUAUCGAGCCUCCAUACACCCCCGAGGAGGGCUACCACUUGACCGAGGACCUCGCAGACCAAGCGGUGAAGUUCAUCCGCAACAACCGCGCGCUGACGCCGGAUCGGCCUUUCUUCAUCUACUUCGCGCCGGGCGGGACGCAUGGGCCCCACCACGUGCACAGUGAGUGGGCGGACAAGUACAAGGGCAAGUUCGACAUGGGCUGGGAGAAGCUCCGCAACAUCACCUUCCAAAAGCAGAAGGCCAUGGGCUGGAUCCCAGACAUCGCAGAGCUCACCGAGAUGGACCCAACCAUGGAGAAGUGGGAGCACAUCCCGGAAGCGGACCGCGCCUUCCAGCUGCGCCUCGUGGAGGUGUAUGCUGGGUACCUCGAGCACACCGACACCCAGGAUGGUAAGGUCAUAGAGGAGCUGGAGCGCCAAGGCUUGUUCAACAACACGCUGGUGAUCUACAUCCUCGGGGACAACGGGGAGAACAUGCUUCCCAGCACCGCGCAGCAGCAGAUUGCCGUGCUGGAGCGGGACUUCGGGGGGCUCAGUGCCCUAGGCUCCAGGCACGUGGACAACAUGUACCACAGCUCCUGGGCUUGGGCCCUCGACACGCCCUUCAAGAGCACCAAGCUGGUGGCAGCCCAUUUCGGUGGCACCCGAACACCCAUGGUGAUGUCCUGGCCGAAGGUCAUCAAGCAUGACCCGACCCCUCGCUCCCAGUUCCACCAUGUCUCCGACAUUGUGCCCACCAUCUACGAGGCAGUUGGAAUUGAGGCCCCUGAGCACGUGGAGGGCACGACCCAGAUGCCCCUGGAUGGCGUGUCCAUGGUGUACACGUGGAACAAUGCCUCUGCCACGGGACGGAAGGACUCGCAGUACUUCGAGGUCAUGGGCAGCCGUGGGAUCUACAAGGAUGGCUGGUUUGCCAGCGUGUUGGGCCCCCGACUUCCUUGGGCGGAUCCCAACGAGACGCGUAUGAAGCAGUGGAACCCUGACACCGAUGUCUGGGAGCUCUACGACCUAACGAAGGACUACUCCCAGGCACAUGAUUUGGCCAAGGAGAUGCCCAAGCAGGUUGAGAAGAUGAAGCAGAUCUUCUUGGUGGAGGCCACGAGGAACAAGGUCUUGCCCGUGGGCGCGGGCCUGUGGACCAUCUACUACCAUCCAGAAGAUGCACCCAAAUCUCCCCUCAAGGAGUGGUACCUCUACGAGGGCAUGACGCGAAUUGCGGAGUCCAACGCCCCCCUCUUCCACAGCGGAUUCAGCUCCCUUGCCACUCUGGAUGUUGAGGUGCCCAAGAACGGAUCGGGAGUCAUCUACGCCGUAGGUGGCACGGCCGGCGGGUUCUCCGUGUACAUGGACCGGGGCUACCUCUAUGCAGAGUACAUGGCUACCCUCUUGUACCGCUACGUCACGAAGUCCUCGGCUCCAUUGGCGGAGGGGAACGCGAAGAUCGAGGUGCGGUUGCUCUACGACAUGUCAAAGGUGGUCUUGAGUCCACCGGCACAGCUGACCAUGUCCGUGAAUGGAACUUUGGUGGCCACGCUGAGCGUGGAGAAGUCGGUGCGUCUGGGCUUCGAUGCCUCGGAGACUUUUGAUGUUGGAAUGGAUUUGGGUGCUCCGGUCUCCUUGCUGUACCAGGACCGCUCUCCGUUCAAGUUCACUGGAAAGAUCAACCAGUUGCAUUUCAAGUAUAUCAACAGCAGCAACAGCACGGGCGUUCCGCCGCCAGCUGCCGUCGUGAUCUGA